AUAAUGACAUAAGAGAGAGGAAGUGAUAAGAAAUAAAAUAAUAUUUGCUUUAUCAGAGGAGGGAACGAGCUAGAUGAUAAUUUAAACGAAUGGAAUUUGGCUGAAAGUGGUUUUGGGAGAUAAUCAUUUUAAAGGAAUUCAUAAGCACCAAGAAUGUAAUACUUAAUGGAUAGAGAAAGUUAAUAAAAGCAAUAGGAUGAAGAGUUCGUAGAAAAAAAGUAAUUAUUAGAUUUUUAAUAUAGAUCAUUGAUGAGUCUGGAAGACCAAAUGUUAUAAAAGUAAUCUAUCUAAUCGUUUUAAUCAAGAGGAUCUAAUUUUAAUUUAUUUAAUCGAUUUUCUGGAUAUAACAUGAAUGAUUAAUAACCUAAAAAUAGUUUAACAUUUAGUUAAACAUUUGAAUAAUAAUAAAAAUUCAGUUUGGAAAAAAGUGAGAAGAGCGAAAAAAGUGAAAAGAGUGAAAAGCAAAGUCUUGAACAAAGAAACUCCUCAUUCAGACCAUCUAAUAUAUCAAAUAGAAAAUCAAAAGAAAAUGAAUUAGAAAUCGUGUUUGAAUGGUAAGACGAAUCAAAUAAUCAAAAUGCAAUAGAAGAUUUGAUUAACAAAUUAACUUUGGAGAAAUAAUGUGAAAUCAUCCCUGAUCGAUUAUCGUUAAUACCACUGUCUAAAUAAGGGUGUAUUUGUAAAAAGACAUAAUGUCUGAAAUUUUAUUGUUAAUGUUUCCAAUAAGGUAAAUUUUGUGGAGAGACUUGUGAAUGUCUGGAUUGCUGUAAUAAUGAAUAGAAUAAAGAGUUAAUUGAAUAGACAAGAAGUCAAAUAAACAGAAAUCUAAAUGAUGAAGUUAAAUGCUUUUGCAAAAAAAGUAAAUGCUUAAAAAAAUACUGUGAAUGUUAUAAUGCAGGGAAAAAAUGUGGGGUUGAUUGCAAAUGUGAAGGCUGUAUGAAUUACGAAAUUAAUCUGCAUGAGGCACAAAGAUUAAGUGAAUUUUAAAUAUAAUAAUAAAAGAGAGUGUAAUUAUCAUGA